GAGCGAGCGAGAGAGAGCGAGAGAGAGAGCGAGGAGACGGGGUUCAUUUGUUACCAUAGUGAAAAAGUAGAUUAACCACCGCGAGCAUGAAGCGCUGACGGACACGAGGGAUGCUGUGUUUCUCCAGGAACAUCCACCUGUCCUGCGAGCAGAGGUUGCAGUGCAGCGGUUGCCUCAGCCUUUGCAGUGAUGGUCCUGCUGUUAAAUCUGAAGGAAUGGAUUCAGAAGAAAGAAAUAUGUGGAAAUUAGUCAUGUCAAAACCUGCUCAGUUCCACUAAGCGUUGUCAUGUCUAGGAAACGUGUUUCCUGUGACAGCUCCAACCAACAAAUCUGAGACUUGCUUCUCCUGCGCUAGCUUAACGAACCAAGAUGAUUCUUCGACUGCUACUGGUACUGUCCCUUUGGGUGGGACCCGAUAAAGCGGACACUGCCCAGUCCAACGAAAGGAGAGUUGUAGCACACAUACCUGGUGAUAUCAUCAUUGGGGCAUUGUUUUCAGUACAUCAUCAGCCUCCUGCUGACAAGGUACAUGAACGCAAGUGUGGUGCAGUACGGGAACAGUAUGGUAUCCAGAGGGUGGAGGCCAUGAUGCACACGCUGGACCGCAUUAACGCCGACCCGUACAUCCUUCCCAACAUCACCCUGGGCUGUGAGAUCAGGGACUCUUGUUGGCACUCAGCUGUAGCCCUGGAGCAGAGCAUUGAAUUCAUACGGGAUUCACUAGUCUCAUCUGAUGAGGCAGAAGAGUGGGGCGGGGGAGGCUCCUGGGGAGGGGGAGGCGGUGGAGGAGCAACAAUGAAGUGUGCAGACCCCUCUGCCACUCCAAUGCGGGGGAAGAAACCAAUUGUUGGUUUGAUUGGACCGGGAUCAAGCUCAGUGGCCAUUCAGGUCCAGAACUUACUGCAGCUGUUCAACAUACCACAGAUUGCCUACUCUGCCACCAGUAUGGACCUCAGUGAUAAGAGCCUUUAUAAGUACUUUAUGCGGGUGGUACCUUCAGAUGCCCAGCAGGCAAGAGCUAUGGUGGACAUUGUUAAAAGGUACAACUGGAGCUACGUGUCAGCUAUACACACCGAAGGCAACUAUGGUGAAAGUGGGAUGGGAGCAUUCAAGGACAUGGCAGCCAAAGAGGGCAUCUGUAUCGCACACUCUGGCAAAAUCUGGAGCAAUGCUGGAGAGCAGAGCUUUGACCGGCUGCUGGAGAGACUGAGGGCUCACUUGCCCAAAGCGAGGGUAGUGGCGUGUUUCUGUGAAGGCAUGACUGUCCGCAACAUCCUUAUGGCCAUGAGACGCCAGGGACUGGUAGGAGAGUUUCUACUCAUUGGCAGUGAUGGAUGGGCCGAUCGCUACGACGUGACAGAUGGUUAUGUUAAGGAAGCGACCGGCGGUAUUACUAUCAAGCUCCAGUCGGCUGAUGUGAAGUGGUUUGAUGAAUACUACCUAAAGCUUCGGCCUGAAAACAACCACAGGAACCCCUGGUUCCCAGAGUUCUGGCAGCAUCGCUUCCUCUGUCGACUUAAAGGCCACCCGCAGGAGAGCAGCAAGUACAACCGCACCUGUAGCAAGCGAGAGUCGCUUUGGCAGCAGUACGCACAGGACACAAAGAUGGGCUUCGUCAUUAAUGCCAUCUACUCAAUGGCAUAUGGCCUGCAUAACAUGCAACGGGCUCUCUGCCCGGGGUAUCAGGGCUUGUGCGAUGCCAUGCGACCUAUAGAUGGAGCUACACUGCUGGACUUCCUCAUGAAAACCAACUUUACAGGCGUGUCUGGGGAGGGCAUCUUAUUUGAUGUUAAUGGGGACUCACCUGGCAGGUAUGAAAUAAUGAACUUCAAAAAAGUGGAGAAGGACUACUAUGACUAUAUUAGAGUUGGCAGUUGGGACAACAGCGGGUUGAAGAUUGAUGACUAUAAGAUCUGGCCUAACAGGGAAAACAUCAUCAAAUCAGUGUGUAGCGAACCCUGUGCCAAAGGGCAGAUCAAGGUGAUCCGUAAAGGGGAGGUGAGCUGCUGCUGGACGUGCACUCCCUGUAAAGAAAACGAGUUUGUGUUCGAUGAGUACACCUGCCGAGCCUGUGAACUGGGCUCCUGGCCCACAGAUGACCUCACAGGCUGUGACCCAAUCCCAGUGGAGUACCUGCGAUGGGGAGACCCUGAACCUAUAGCGGCUGUAGUCUUUGCCUGCCUCGGUCUGAUGGCCACGUUCUUUGUCACUGCAGUUUUCAUCAGGUUCCGGGACACGCCGGUAGUGAAAUCGUCCAGCAGGGAGCUGUGCUACAUCAUACUGGCAGGAAUCUGCCUGGGAUACCUUUGUACCUUCAGCCUAAUAGCCAAACCCCACUUUAUCCACUGCUACCUCCAACGGCUUGGAAUAGGCCUGUCUCCUGCCAUGAGCUACUCUGCGCUUGUCACUAAGACAAACCGCAUCGCUCGGAUCCUGGCAGGCAGCAAAAAGAAGAUCUGUACAAAGAAGCCUCGCUUCAUGUCUGCCUGCGCUCAGCUCAUCAUCGCCUUCCUCCUCAUACUGCUGCAGCUGGGCAUCAUUGUGGCUCUCUUCCUCAUGGAGCCACCUGAGGUGAUCCAUGACUACCCCAGUAUCCGCCAAGUCAACCUAAUUUGCAACACAACAAACCUGGGUGUGGUUGCCCCACUGGGAUAUAAUGGGCUGCUUAUUCUCAGUUGCACCUUUUAUGCCUUCAAGACCCGCAACGUCCCCGCUAAUUUCAAUGAGGCUAAGUACAUUGCCUUUACCAUGUAUACCACCUGCAUCAUCUGGCUGGCCUUUGUUCCCAUCUACUUUGGCUCCAACUACAAAAUCAUCACCAUGUGCUUCAGCGUGAGCCUCAGCGCCACCGUGGCUCUGUGCUGCAUGUUUGUACCCAAGGUGUACAUCAUUUUAGCCAAGCCAGAGCGGAACGUGCGCAGUGCCUUCACUACCAGCACAGUGGUGCGCAUGCACGUGGGAGACGGCAAAUCCUCCUCAGCUGCCAGCCGCUCCUCCAGUCUGGUUAACUUGUGGAAACGCAGAGGGUCUACUGGAGAGACACUCAGCUCCAACGGUAAAUCAGUGUCGUGGGCACAGACGGAGCGCAGCAGUUCCCGUGGAAACCACCUGUGGCAGCGGCUGUCCUUCCACAUCAAGAAGAAGGAGAACAAUCAGACGGCCAUAAUCAAGCCCUUCUCCAAGACGUCUGAGGAGCGCUACUGUGGGGGGGGGGACCUGCCCCCGCACGUCCCCCUGCCCUCUCUCCCCUCCAUGUCGUCCCUUCCUUCCCAUCCUGACGCCGGCACCGACAAGACCCUGUACGACCUCUCCGAGGCCGAGGAGCGCUACUCCAUCACGUACCGGCCCCAGACGCCGUCGCCCAUCAGCACGGUCAGCCAGCGCCUGGGGGGAGGCUUCGGCGAGGAGCCCCAGACGACCUCGUCUGUCCCCCAGUACCCCGGCAGCACCUGCAGCGGCGGCAGCGGCAGCAGUUGCGGCGGCCCCGGCAGCGGCUCCGUGGUCGUCGGGAGCGACGGGCGCCUGGUCAUCGUGGACGACCGCCCGGUCCCGGGGCAGAGUUCGCUGAUGGAUCAGAUCAGCUGUGUCGUAAACCGCUUCACUGCUAACAUCACGGAGCUCAACAGCAUGAUGCUCUCGCCCUCGCCGUCCCACUCGCAUUCGCACAAACACACCCCCCCUUCUCCUCACCCCUCCGACCCCUAUCUUUUACCCCGUGACCUUCAGAUGCCCCCCACCCUCACCACCUAUGCCGACGUUCAGCCUCUUCCAGCUGUUGAGGCCAGCAUGGGGGGCCGUGGCGGCUGUCCCAUUCACUCUCUUCCUCAUUCACCCUACUCCCUGCCGGCUCCUCCCCCGCAGACCUCCCCCUCGCUUUCUCCCAUGCGAGGAGGCCUGGUGACCUGUCUCCCUGACUCGCCGCUAAGAGGGGCGGACUUGGAGGAGGAGCUGAUUGCUUUGACUCCUCCGUCGCCGUUCCGCGACUCCCUGGCCUCCAGCAGCGGCUCUCCUAUCUCAGAAACGGGUCUGUGUCUCCCCCCGGUGCCGUCCCAUCCCCCGCCCUCUCCUCCUUCGCCCAGGUACAGCAGACUGACACUCAGAAACUACAGCCAGAGUUCCUCCUCGCUGUGAGGCAGACAGGGCGAGAAACGCAGAAGCAAAGACGAGCCCUCAAAAAGAGCACAGGUCAUAACAGGAGGAGGAUGGUUAGAGAGAAACCUGUUCGUUCCUACGGGAUGCAAGGUAAAAAUCCGAGGUGAAGGCAUCGCGGAGGGCUGGUUGGUGAAGACACCCAACUGUGUCUGUGUUUACAUGUUUGCAGCGAGAUGCGAGUCUGAGAAGCUUGGCCACAUUGUGUUUCGAUUUGCCCCUCAAAAGUGAGGCGCGAAGAACUGGGAAACGGCCACUAUACAGUCUGUCUCCGGUGUCGGUACAGCCAGGAAUCACUCUUGAUGGUCUACAGCUGCUUAUGAUUUAGGUUUGGGCAGUGGCCUUAAGGGAACAUGGCUGUCGACUAAUUAGAAAUCGUGACUCGUGUGUGUGUUUCUGUGCUUUUUUGCUGUACCUUAGUUAAUGAGCCACUAUGAGGCAGGAUGUCUCAUUAAGUGUUGAGGCAGCACGACAGUGAAGGUGAGGUCAAACUAACGCCUAUGUGGACUAAACAGACGCUAUCAAGGGCACAUAAAUACAGUGUUUGCUUACACACGCAAACCGAUACGGCGUAAGGGAAUACACUGUACAUAAAUGAGAGUUCAAAGAUUUGUCUGGGCUGAUUGAAUCAAACUUGCAUCUGACAAAAGUGCAUUGUGUUAAAACACCAGGCUACAUGUGACUUUGAAGAACUGUCGCACAAAAUCAUCUUUUUAUCCAUUCAUCCUCCAAACGGUUCCCUGGCUUUUGUGCGGUCCCUCUUUCCCUUGCUCUGUCUUUAUCCUUUUAUCCUAUUUUAAUAUUUCAGUUUUUAGUUUUUCUUUUUUUUCCUCCAGAGGUUUGAAUGUAUAUUUUUUACAUGACUCCUAAAGCAGAUGGGACCAAACAUUUUGUAUCUGUGUGUCUGACAGGAGAAAGAGGGGGAGGAGGGACUAGCAAGACCAGGCCUCAUUUCACCAUCUCAUUAUUAUUACUAAUACAAGCGAGAAGCUCAAUCACAGUCAGACCAGAUUCUCCACACAGUGAAUGGAAACAGGGCCAGAACGUCGAAAGGCAUUCAUGAAUUAAAUUAAGGUCAGACUUAUCCUCCAUUAGACACCCAACCCAUUCAAAUCAAAAAUAUUAGUACAGCAGAAAGAUGGAAAUUACCAGGAUGUCAUACGGACUUAAUGAAAUUUUAGCACAUUCAGGAAUUUGGACACAUUUUCCUUCAUUUGUUUCAACAUUGUACAUUAAUACUGAAGACACUGAAACAUGUUUUCUAUUCUCUACCUUUGCAAGGAUACUUCCUGGUCAUGGGAGUUAGCCAGUCCAGUCUGCGUGAAGGCUUGUGUGUCCCUCAGGGUGUCUCAUGUGUGGACACAGUACAGGAUACCAGAGUCGAUGAUAUGUGCAGCCGGUCUUUGUGUAACAGGUUCAUCUGUGUCUGUAUUCUGUAAGUCAAACAUGUUGUCAGUGGGUUUGUGGUUGUUAUGGUCAGAGUCUUAGGGCGCAGCCUGAGGGAGAGGCGUAUCCAGUUUGUGGACCCUCAGAGUUGCAGUUGUGCUCUCUGGAGAUUAUGAGUAAUGAUUAUGAUUAUGAGUUCUGCUGGCUGUGACCUUCAGCAGCAUUCAGUGGGAUGGUUUGCCUCUGAGUGUGAAGUGGCUGGGAUGAGAGUCAGUUCCUCUAGGUCUGAGGCCGUGGUUCUUUGCCAGAGAAUAGUAUCUCAGGGUAUUGCAUCCUGGUGAUUAACAGGCGGUUUGGAGCAGCAUCAGCAGUAAUGAAUUUUGUGUUUGGCUUUGAAUUAAUGUAUUAGUCUACGUUCCAACCUGGGGUGGUGAUCUCUGGCUAGUGACCGCAAUAAUAAGAUAGAGAAUACAAGGAGCCGACAUGAGCUAUGUUUAAAGGGGAGUCUGGGCUCACACUUAGAGAAGAGGUUAGGAGUUUGGACCAUAUAUUCUGUCUCUAUGUCAAAAACAAGAAGGCGUUUGAAAUCAAAUUUGAAAUUAAAAUUGUACUCAUCACGUUAAGGGACAGUUUUCCACAGCUCUUUAUUUCCUGUGUUUCUUUAACCUCUUUGUUGGUUUACUAUACAACACGCCAUGUUUGGUUUGUGUGUCUUCAGUAUUGUUGCACAAUGUUGAAAAAAUAAAUAAACAGAGAACAGCUAAUGGAAGCAUAGUUUCCUGCUGAGAGAUAGAUGGGAAGGUCAAUACCACUUAUUUGUCAGGUGAAUGAAGUCUCAUCUGGUUGCCUGGCAACAUCAUGUUGAUACAAAGAACUAAAGAAAUUUGUGGCCACAGUUGCCCUUUGGUUUUUGUACUGAUUAAACAGACCUGUUAGGAUCGGUUGGUUAAUGAACCAUGGUGGUGCUUCUACUGGACUUUCUCACCUUUGCAAAGGCCAGCUCUUUCCCCUUGUUUACAGUCUGGCUCCAUCGACUGGCUUCUAGCUGGAGCUGCAUAUUGACCAACUUGACUGUUCUAUUGGUUUGUCAUUCAACUCAGCAAGAAAGGUCAAAAAUUGAAGAAAUGCAAAAAAACGAAACCCUGCCCAGAUGUCAUUGUUUGGAAUGUGAACACGCAAUACAGGAACUAGGUUUUCUGCAAAGGGGCAAUACAAAUAUCUAAUACAUUUAUGUAGGAGAGUGUUUGUGUUAUAGAAUGCAUUAAUUAGCACGAAGGACACAUUAAAAACAUGUUCAUUAAACAGAGCGGAAUACUGAAAAACUCCAAAUGUCUAAUUUAAUUUGAGGUUUUGUUUAGAAAGUAUGUGGAUAAAUAAAACCUAUUGUCUUUACAUGUGGCAACACUUACUGUUAAUAGCAUUUAAGAGUAUAGGGAAAUAAGAAGUGCAGUUGGAUGCAUUCACUGAAAUGCUUGUGGCAAAUGUGGCCUUGAUAUUCCGUUCGCUCCCUCCACACAGGGAAACCACUUAACAAAGGGAAAACAAGAAAAGCUAAGUGACAAGACCGUGGUACGAAACGCAAUCAUUUUACAUUACAUGAGGGAUGUUCUCUCUGGGACGGGUUUGGAUUAGUCCAUCUCACCCUUUAUCAAAGGUGACUGUUGGCAUCACAAUAACAAUCACCGCUCCUAAGUGUCGCUCAUGAUCUCCCCGCUUCCCUUAGCGGAUGCAUUGGUCUGCAGUAACAGCUUACUGAUACACUCCGGCUUCGCCCUUUCAUGCGGUAUUUCUGCUCCACGGUAGCCAGCAAGAACCAAUUCAAAGUGACUCUGUACAUAAUAAGGGCAUGCAAAGACAGUUCUGUUUCGUUUCAGAUGAAAGUAAAUUUAGUUACAUAUCAACAAAGGUGAAAAAAGGAAAAAAAAGAUGUUUUUGAACCAUGUUAUAACAAACAGUACCAAUAUGUGUUAUGACUACAGAAACUGUGUUACUGCUCUGAAUGUGAGUGACCAUUCCUAUUCAAAUGUCUUGUAAUUUAAUAAUAUAAUAAGAAUUAUUAUGAAAAUGAUUAUUGUGCCAAAGGGGUGGGGGGUGAUCUUAUUACCUUGUGGGUAAACACGUGGUUUCCUAAAAAAGAAAAAAAUGUAAAUGUUAAACUGUUUUUAUUGUUUUAGAUAUUUUCUAUAUAAAUAUUUCACAUUUUCCAGUGUUAAAGCAAUAUUACACGUAUGUAUAAAGGCUGCGCGUCAGAGGGGGUUUCUUAGACCAUUAAUAACGUGGUAGUUGUUCUUUUUCAUCCUUCUGUAACCUCGGGUGGACAAUUCAAGGAGGUGGGUAGGUGUGUUACAUUUUUAUUUGCAUAUAUAUACAUAUAUAUAUUUAAUGAAAAGGAUGUUUAGACAUUUUUUACAAGGAAGGUGUGACUCCCUAUUUUUGCAGAGGUCUGGUCUUUAGCGUCUGUCGCUCGCCGCCUUCCUUUCUGAUGUGCUGAUGACCGAUGCUGAGCUCGGGUGAUAAGUGCGUGCCAACGCGUCGUCUUCGCUUUCUUCUUCCUUUUGUUUUUGCAUCGAGAGGUGCACCCGCUCUUAAAGCACGUCCUCCAAUAAGCUGCAGUUUGUCUCAGAGCGGAGAGUGAACUUAAGUCCCAAAUAAACUUGCAUACGCACAAUCAGAAGCCGAGAUAAUUGUACGGACGCCUUUGUUUCUGGGGCUGAAUGGGAGGACUGCUCGUUUCCAUCCGACGUAGCUCCUCCUUUCUGUUGUGCAGAGAUUACAGGCGGCGCCCGAGCUGCUCUCGCUGAUGGUGUUUAGAACAUGAGUAACGGGGAGCUUGCUUCAGCACUUCGGCCGUGUGCUAUCAGCCCCCCUGGGUGAGGCUCCACAGUUGCGAGCUGCCGCUGCAGAAAAGGGCGGCAUCAGCACUUGCAUCUCCUGCCAUCUUAUUCUCUGUAAUUGCUCCGUUCUGUGGAAUUCCCUUGCUUUACAUUAAAACAGCAUAGCACCAACAGUAAAUAGCCAUUAACAAGGGACUGGGUUGAAAGAGCAUCAGGAUUAGAGUUUCCUUGCUGCUAAUCUGGCAGUAAUUAUCAGAGGAUUUCAAACAUCUUCCAUGACAAAUGCCUAAUAAUUGCCUCCGUAGAGCAAUUUAAUAAUAAUGUGCACAUGACAAAGUGUGAGAUAUUUGUGUUAAUACCACAGGGCUUGGCAUUUUAGCCCUACCUAAAAGAUCACAGAAAACUGCCAGUGACAUUAAUCUGAUCUCAGUCAAAUUGAUGUUUCCCCCCAUAUUCAAGCAAAACAGGAUGGUGAUUAUGAUGAGCCAAACCUUGCUUGCCAAGAAGAUGAUCUCCUGAUGAUGUCGGCCCAUCUCAAAUGCACUCUACAGAAUUGAACAGAUAAUCCCUGUGCUGGAAAAUACUUACUAAUAAGAACAAUCCAACCCAGAAAUGCUCAUCUGUUGUUCAGAGGAAUAAAGACACACACUGGCCACUUUAUUAGGUACAGCUGUACAGUCUAAUUCAACCCAGUGCAGCAACUCUGCCAUUAAUAUGGUAAUUCUUUAUUAUCGAGGUCACGCUGAGUGACGGAGGCUGGUGACGCAGCGAGCACCCAUUUCAGAUGAAGCCUUUUAUUCCCCUCCAUCUCCAGGUGAACUGUACUCAAGCUGACCCUGAGCUUUGACCGUCUGUAUAAAGAGGCAAGUGGAAACGGGAAUUGUUCCCUCAGGGAUGAUAAAUUACAAAGCACUGUUUAGGACUCUGGCGAUCUCAUAAGGUCUCUGCCGCGAGAUGGAAAGCCUCCACAGCCGCCACCCUUGUUCAUUUCAUUUGAUUUGAUACAGAAAAUAGAAGUAUGUUUACUGUGUAAACACCACAUAGACACAUGGUUGUAAAGGGAGCCAGGGCAGGAUAGAGGUCAGCUUAAUGUGUCAGGGUGAAACCUUCUUAAGUGUCGUUCAGUGGAUUCACUAAUUCAUUUUUGUUGUUUUAAUAACAAGAUGCUGAUGUGAGUUUGUGGCAAACAUUUGACUAAAUUACAGAGGUUGUAGUUCUAGGCUGAGGUCAAUCUGUUUAAAAAUCGAGCGCAUCCCUACAGUACUGGUUAUUGGUUUGUUUUAAGAAAACAACAAAAAAACGAACAAAUCAAAAUUGUCUCAAGCUGUUCACGGCCUGUGGUUUGACAACUAUAGGUCUCAAAUAAGUCAUCAACAGCAUAUUUGUCAGAUUGCUCAUUUGAAUGUUGCUCUGUGUAAAAUGUGUUCAUGUUUGCCAAUAGAGUAAAAUGACUUGUAUUGUGAGAGUAGGUUCCAUAGGGCAGAGGACUUUUAUGAUAUAAUAAGUUAGUUUUUGCUUUAUACUGGUUAGAAAUCUCAGAGGAGUCGUGUGCUUAUUAAUUUGGUUUCAGGAUUGAUGAGAAUGUGGAAUAACUUCUGUAGCAGGUCUGUGUGUGUCGUCGUUGUGCAGGCAGAAGGCACCACGCUGUGUAUUGACGGUUUGUGAAGUAAAUUUAACUUCAUUACGUGUUUCCACUUAGAAAAGACCCAAACUAAACUGUGACAUUACAACAUACUGUAUGACACAGAGGUAUCGUUGCAGGGCCUGAUGGGUAUUAACGAGUGAGUCACUUGUUGUUUUCAGUCACUGAUCCUCUUCACAUUUGGACAUAAACACAAUCCCUGUUCAUACCUCAGUGUUGAAGUCUGAUUUUGAGUGUUGGUGAAGUCAAUGAGGAAACCAAUGAAGUUAUGUUAUGUUAUUACUGCUCAUUAAAUAAUAAUUAAGGCCACAUAAACAGAUUUAAUGGAAGGUGAGAUAAGCUAAAUUCUCUUUAGUGAGCAGUGCGAGAAUAUAUUUGAACUGUUUUUAUUUAAAAAUAUUUAAUCGCUCCUGGCAGAAAAUAGCUGUUACUGAAAUGAAAAUUGAUGAUGAACACAAACUAGUUUAUUUUAGCAACAUAUCUGCAAGGAGUCCAGUCCCCGGACUCCGCUGGUGUUUUAUCAAAGUGUCGUUAACAUAGACUCUCGCACUCGGUGCCAACAUGCUCUGGUCUUUUUUUUUAAGUGCUGCUGCAUUUGUGGGCUGGGAUGGAUAAACACCACAGAAAUACGAUUAAACGGAAGUUUUAUCUACUUGAGCUUCUGUUUCUUAGUGCCAUGAGCCUACAUGUGAUAAAUAUUUAGGCUUCAGUUCAGUGAUUUUAGUUUUUUAAGGAUGCCUGUAGUGUUUAUCCACCGCCAGGAAUGUUUUAUAAUAAUAAAUUACUUCUAAUGAAACUGACUUUUUUUUUAAGUUAUGUUGGUUUGUUUAGUUUCCUGCUGUUCAGAAAUGUAGAAUGUAAUUUGAUGCUAUAUAUUGGUGUGAUAGUAAUGGAAAUGGUUUUAUAUUUGGGUAUUUGAUUAUCUAUUUAAUAUUUUCACUCAGCUUUGUAAAUUGUGAAAUGUGAGAAAAUAUACGGCUGUAGCUGUUUGGAAAAUACAUGUUUCUAAGUGGCUUUUUAGUGAGGGCUUGAUGAGGUGUGUGUGUGUGUGUGUAUGUGUGUGUGUGUGCGUGCGUGCGUGCGUGCGUGCGUGUGUGUGUGUGCGUGUGUGUGGCUGAUGUCUACGUUGGACAGAUUCUAUGUUCAAUUACUGUUUGUGCCCAGAGAUCAGCUUCAGAUCGUAGCCUCCGACGCUACAAACAGAGAGGUUUGAUAUCCCGCAUUACCCGCGUUCAGACUGCGCUUUGAUCCGAACUGGUUGUCGCUGUCACUGGAACCGUGUUCACAGGCUUUGUGAAGACUCCCGGCAGACCAGUCAGGAAGAACAACAGCGGCUUUUGCCAGAGUUCUUCUCAUCUCCCAAUUAAUGAGUUUUUAAUCUUACUCCAAAUUGGCCUGUGGUGAUGCCUGUGAUAGCUGAACUGCUCUGUGACCACUGGGAGGGUGAAAGGAGAGUGAGCAGUGUUUAUGGGAUGCUUCCUCCACUUUUACUAUGAAGACAGUGCUCCGAAACAAAACAUGCAGUGAAAUUAGCAGCAUGAGGUUGUUUUGUAGACUUCUAUGAACUUUGAACAUCAUGAUAUAAUAGACUAAAACAACCAGAUGGUAAUUAUAAAACAGACAGACAUUAUUUCCUGUGGUGUUGUCCUCCUAUUUGGCAACAUAAUGCCUAUGAAUCCUAAUUCGUAUUACAUAUAAUAUUAUAUUAUUAUGAUAUUAAUUCCUCUUCCUAAAAUACUUGCUCUCUGUUGCAUCUCACCCUUCCUUUUCUGCCCCGUGUCAUGCAGUCAGUGGCAGCAGCUGAGGAGCUAGCACUUAGUGGGAUCUGAGAAGAACCACUGGCACCCGGGCUUUUGCCGCGUGAGCAACAGGCGGCGUCCAGAAACGUAGCGGUGUCGCGGUAGAGAACGUGUGACUAAGAGCUUUUGUGGAGCACUUGUGCUCUCAGUGGCAACACUGUGCUCCCACUGCACUGUGGCAUUAAGCGGGUGGAUUUUUACAAGUCGCCCUCUCACUCUGACCUACAGCUCUUCACGAUGACGCGGUUCUGUUAUUCGCUUGUUCUUUCGGGGAUGUGACACAACAUUUGUGGGGCCCUUAAACUGGUCAUUGAUAAAUCAUUGUGUAAAAGUACUACAGACCUGAACUAUUGGAAUCAUUAUUAAAAUAAAGAAUGGCUGA